UCGUGAAACUUUAUCUCGCGCUACCGUUACAGGUGACAAAUUUUUCACGAAAAUGUUGUUUACAAGUGAAAGAACUAUUAUUUUACGUAUCUCGUCUAAUAUAAAUUUUUGUAAAAUAAAAUAUUCUGAGCUGCGGGCCUGAAAAAAAUUCUCUGAGUCGAGGAAGAUCACUAUCGAUGAUCCAUGGGAGUUAAUUAACUGUUUGAUUAUAUUAUGCAAUGGAUGUUUGAUUAGCAUGAAAUUAACUCCUCUAAGGCGAAUCAGUUCUGUAUCAAUGCUGUUGAUCGUUAAUUAAAUAUGUAAUGAUUAUCAUGGAUAAUGAAGAGGGUAUUACUGUUAAUGUUAUCGAUCCAAGUGCAUCAAGGAUGAUUCAAAACCCACAUAUUAAUGAUACAAAUUAAUACGCGUUUAUUGUGUAACAAAUGGUUUUAUAAUUUUAAUAUAAAAGAAAAAUUAGUGUUUUGAAGUAUUUAAAGAUUUUUGUUGAUAGAAGAAGAGGAAGGAUUGAGGUGGAGUGAAAACUGGUGGAAAGUUCUUUGAACGAUCUUUGAUGUGACAGUGUGAGAUUUCAGUCUGAAACAAGAAGCAGCUGUUGAGAAAUCGAAAAGAAAAAAAAUAUGUUAGAAGAGGAGGAUCCUACGGGUUCAUCGUCACAACAGGAUCAGAAUAUUCUACACACGCGUGUUGCCAUGAAGAACUAUCAAGGAAAUUAUACGUUGAUGAACCUGCAGGACAUGGAAUCAUUGAACAUCACGAAUCUAUUGGACGUGAUUGGUUGCGAUCCUUUCGUGGGCACAUACAGAAUCUUCUCGACUGAUUGGUUCAAAGGGAUCAUUUAUUUCUUCUACAGUACUGUUUUCGUGGUCGCGUUAACCGGAAACGGUCUAGUUUGCUACGUUGUGCACAGCAGCCCUCGGAUGAAAACUGUAACAAACUUCUUCAUCGUGAACCUUGCCUUUGGGGACAUCCUCAUGGCUCUGUUCUGCAUACCACCCAGCUUCAUCAGUAUUUUCAUACUACAGUAUUGGCCGUUUGGAGAAGAACUUUGUCCCACUGUGAAUUAUUUGCAGGCAGUCUCUGUUUUAGUGAGUGCAUAUACUCUGGUCGCAAUCAGCAUAGAUCGUUACAUAGCUAUCAUGUGGCCCUUGAGGCCAAGGCUGAGCAAACGACAGGCUCAGCUCUUGAUUCUUGGAGUUUGGAUUCUUGCUAUGGUGAUAUCAUUUCCGAUUGCUGUGGUUUCAAAGCUCUCCCAACCUUCGUUACGGUAUGAAAGGUGUAAUCAGUACGUCUGCCUGGAAGUGUGGCCAUCGAUGGAAAACAGAUAUUAUUACUCUAUCGCGUUAUUAGUUCUCCAGUACGUGAUACCAAUAAUGGUUCUAGUGUUCACAUAUACCAGUAUCGCUGUUAUGGUAUGGGGCAAAAGACCGCCCGGGGAAGCUGAAAAUGUCAGAGAUCAGAGAAUGGCUCGAUCAAAGAGAAAGAUGGUGAAGAUGAUGGUGACUGUCGUGAUAGUAUUUACUAUCUGUUGGCUCCCAUUCAACAUAUUGAUGUUAAUAAUGGAUAACAAUGAAGCCCUAAACAAUUGGGCUGGACUUCCUCUGGUAUGGAUGGCCCUUCAUUGGUUGGCGAUGUCACACUCCUGUUACAAUCCAGUAAUUUAUUGCUGGAUGAACGCCAGGUUUCGUAGUGGCUUUAUAAUUGCGAUCGGUCGUUUACCUGGAGCUCAUCGGAUUUUUCGUACAAAUAGACAAUAUAAUAACAAUUACAAUGCUAGUACAAUUGGUGUUCCCCUAACAGGUCUGGAUGGUUCGGGUCAUUCUGUUCUCCGUCGUAUGAAUACAUGCACGACCUAUAUCAGCGUUCGUCGUAAAACAAACGGAAGCCAUACUGCACCAGCAAGAAGUGCCAGUUUCCGGAAUGAUUCCUUCCGACCGUGCACUCAACCAUUGCAACGACAGUUUACUUGUCUCGAGUCCCAUUCAGAAGAGCAACUCUGAAGGACCUUUGAAAUUACAAUGAAUAUGAUUACGCGUCGAAUAAGUGUAAUUAAUUUAAAAAAAAAAGGUAAUGUGUAAAGUGGAAGAAUAUGUGAGAAUUGGGUAUAUGGGAACUUAUAACAAUUUAUAAUUAAAAAUACAACGAUUUCAUUCAUGAAAGCUUUUGAAAAUUAAAGGACUAAGCUUCCAUUUGAGAAAUAAAUGUGAUUUUAUCAUUUUUGUAUUUAUUGGCUUCUGAAUGAUGGAA